GAGGCAGAGAAGAUGGGCAUCCUCAGCGUAGACUUGCUGAUCACACUGCAAAUUCUGCCAGUUUUUUUCUCCAACUGCCUCUUCCUGGCGCUCUAUGACUCAGUCAUUCUCCUCAAGCACGUGGUGCUGUUGUUGAGCCGCUCCAAGUCCACUCGGGGAGAGUGGCGGCGCAUGCUGACCUCAGAGGGACUGCGCUGCGUCUGGAAGAGCUUCCUCCUGGACGCCUACAAGCAGGUGAAAUUAGGUGAAGAUGCUCCUAAUUCCAGCGUGGUGCAUGUUUCCAAGUCUGAAGUGGGUGGCCAUAGUGGACCUGGUGCCCAGGAGAAGACAGCGGACGGAGCCGAGUGCCAUCUUCUUGACUUUGCUACACCUGAACGCCCGUUGGUGGUCAACUUCGGCUCAGCCACUUGACCUCCUUUCACGAGCCAGCUGCCGGCCUUCAGCAAACUGGUGGAAGAGUUCUCAUCAGUGGCGGAUUUCCUCUUGGUCUACAUUGAUGAAGCUCAUCCGUCAGAUGGUUGGGCGGUGCCCGGGGACUCCUCUUUGUCUUUUGAGGUGAAGAAGCACAGGAAUCAGGAAGACCGAUGCGCAGCAGCCCACAAACUCCUGGAGCGUUUCUCCUUGCCGCCCCAGUGUCGUGUGGUGGCUGACCGCAUGGACAAUAAUGCCAAUGUAGCCUAUGGCGUAGCCUUUGAACGCGUGUGCAUUGUGCAGAGACAGAAAAUUGCUUAUCUAGGAGGAAAGGGUCCCUUCUACUAUAAUCUUCAGGAAGUCCGGCGUUGGCUAGAGAAGAAUUUCAGUAAGAGAUGA